AUGGACGCGAAACGACCACUAGGAGGGCACGAACUAGAUGUGAUAUCACCAUCGCUGUGCACGCAAGAUGUGUCCAUCGAAGCCUGUCCUGCCGGCAUCUUACCAACGAUGGACGAGACCGAAAGCCCGGUCAAACAUAGAAGCAAAUUCCGAAUCACCAUGAUUCUAAUUGCUCUAUACCUAUCUCUUUUUGUUGCCGCACUGGACGCCACCAUCGUUGCUACUGCGCUCCCUAAAAUCACGGCUGAUCUUCACUCUGCUGCCGGCUACAUCUGGAUCGGAGGAGCCUAUCUGAUUGCCAAUGCCGCUGCUGCACCUAUCUGGGUCAAAUUGUCGGACAUUUGGGGUCGGAAGCCAAUCUUCCUUGCAGCUCUUGUCGUAUUCUUCGCGAGCUCUAUCAUCUGUGCUGCAGCUGUUGACAUGCAGAUGCUUAUUGUUGGCCGCAGCUUUCAAGGUGCUGCAGGCGGCGGUCUCAUAUGUAUGGUCAAUGUCGGAAUAUCCGAUCUGUUCAGCGUGCGCGAAAGAAGUCUUUGGCUCGGUUUCUGUGAGGGAAUUUGGGCGUUCAGCGGAGCUGUAGGACCUCUUCUGGGUGGUGCCUUUGCACAAUCCGCAACCUGGCGCUGGUGCUUCUGGUGCAACUUGCCCAUAUCAGGCACUGCCUUUGUGUUGAUCGUCUUCUUCCUCGACGUCCACAACCCGCGAACACCAGCAAUUGAAGGGAUCAAAGCUAUUGACUGGUUUGGAUGCAUCUCUAUUCUGGGCGUCACCGUGAUGCUUCUUCUUGGUCUGGAUCUUGGUGGAGCAGUUUAUCCUUGGGGCUCUGCCAAGGUUGUAUGCCUGAUCGUCUUUGGUGCAUUGAUGGUUCUGGCAUUUAUUUACAGCGAGAAGAAGCUGGCCAAGUAUCCUGUCAUACCUCUUUCUCUAUUUGGCACGAGAAAUGUUGCCACACUUCUCGUCACAUUUUUCCAUGGCGUGGUCUUCAUGGCGGCAGAGUACUACCUUCCACUCUACUUUCAGAGCGUAAAAGAGUCCUCCCCUCUCAAAUCGGGUUAUCUUUUGGUGCCACUUAUUGUUGCCACGGCAGGCACCGGCGUCCUCAAUGGCGUCUUCAUCCAUCGUACUGGCCAGUACAGACCGUCACUUUGGAUUGGCCCAGUACUCCUCACGUUGGGAACUGGCCUCUACUUGAUGCUCGAUGCCAACUCAAGCAUCGGUAUGAUAAUCGGAUUCGAGAUCAUUGGAGGAAUCGGAUCAGGGCUUCUGUUCGAGCCUCCUCUGAUUGCCAUCCAGCAAGGAGUGCACCAGGACGACGUUGGUACCGCGACUUCGACUCAAGCUUUUAUCAGAAGCAUGGCACUAUCGUUGAGCGUCAUCGUGGGUGGCAUUGUGUUCCAACAAAGUAUGGACCUUCGAAGAUCAAACUUGAUCGCAGCCGGCCUGCCACUAUCUGUCGUGGAAGAACUCUCCGGGAAAAACGCCGGUGCAAACGUUGACGUCGGACGCAAUCUUCCGCCUGGUCAAGGUCGUGCCGUUAAAGACGCCUUCGCCUGGAGCAUUCGAAACAUGUUUAUCAUGUUCACUAUCCUUGGAGCGCUCAACAUAGUCGCAAGCUUGUUUAUCAAGAAGACCAAACUGUCCAAGGAACAUCGGGAGACUAUUACUGGUCUCAAAAACAAAGAUACGUCGUCACCAGUGCCUUGA